AUGGCGGAAAGCGAAGUCGGAAAACCGAAACGAAAGAAACUGCGCAAAGACGAAGCCGAGACCUCAGAAGUUCGUACGUUCAAACUAAACUUAUCCGAGUGUCCAGAAUGGGUAGGCACGCUAAACGACAAAGAAUUGUUUCAAAUUUUUAAAAUCGGUGUUGCAGUGAAGGAAUCAAUUACGAUGAACAUUACUGGAGGCCAGGACUUGUUUGAUGACGUUUUGGAUCAAGUUCAAGUCACAGAAAGCAAACUGGAAAGGAAAAUUGACGAGGUACUCGUGCCACUUAGAAAUUAUGAAAGUCGGUUGACACAACUGGCACUGACGCCAGCUUCAAAAGGUGCCGUUGGUGAAUUUGUAGUACUAUCAGUGCUCGAGGAUGGUUUACCUCAACACACGGUCGAGGACGUUGCCAAAAAAAAAGACGAAUGCGGAGACAUCCAUGUCACAUCCACAGUCUCUGGACUAACACACCUUUUAGAAGUGAAAACACACAAAAAUACUGUAUCUGCACCGGAAAUUCAAAAAUUUGAGGAGGAUCUUAGAGCAAAUAAACAUUUCAUCAAGGUCGGAAUUUUGCUUUCACUGAAAAGUAGCAUAGCAAUGCGGGCAAAGUAUGGAAAAUUUGAGAUAACAUAUGAAGAUGGGCAAUAUUUUAUUUACGUGCCCAAUGCUCGCAAGGAGGAAAAUUUGAUUGUUUGGAGUGUAUUGCUUGCAGACGAGUUGGCUGCUUUAGACGAAGAACUCACUGACAGCCAGACCCAGGAACUUCUGAAGUUGCAGAAGAAAUUCCAAGCGAAUAUGGAGAAGACUAAGGCAUGUCGAUCGAGAUUUAAUUCCCUAAAGAAAAUAGUCGAUGAUCUGGAGAAAAUCCUAAUGCCUUUGUUACAUGUAAUCGAUGGAGCUAAGACUGAUCUCAACAAAGCCUUGCAUCAAAGAGGAAAACCCAGUCCAAAGAAAGCGGCUUCUUUUCCCGGCUCGUCACAGAAGACAAACGAAUACUUAAUUUCAGUUUCUGAUGAAGACGAUUGA